ACAGCAAGCCCAGCAAGCCCAGCAGGAACAGCAAGCCCAGCAAGCACAGCAAGCCCAGCAACAACAAGCCCAGCAGCAACAAGCCCAACAGCAAGCCCAGCAACCGAACUCGCAACAGCAACCUCCCUCCCAAGAAAACCCCACCGCCUCCAACGGCCCCGAGUCCCCGACGGGCAGCCUGUCGAGCGCCCAGGAAGCCCUGGUGGCGCUGCAGCAGCAGGCACUCCACCAGCAGCUGCAGCAGCAAGCCGCCGGCCAGCCCCCGCAGUCGGAGUCCCCGGACCCCAAAUUCAUGACCGAGAAGCUCGUCAAUGAACUUCAGAUGAGGUGUAACUCCGCCAUAAACGAGCGGACCCUGGAGGAGUGCUGGACGGCUCUGCAGAGAGUCUCUCCGUGGCUCGCCCAGAUCUUCAUGCACAAGUCCGCCAUGCAGCUGGCGGGCCGCGACCUGGGCCGCGGCGACAUCAAGCCGCACCAGUGCCAGCAGUGCCUCAAGUCCUUCUCGUCCAACCACCAGCUGGUGCAGCACAUCCGCGUGCACACCGGCGAGAAGCCCUACAAGUGCUCGUACUGCGAGCGCCGCUUCAAGCAGCUCUCCCACGUGCAGCAGCACACGCGCCUGCACACCGGUGAGCGGCCCUACAAGUGCCACCUCCCGGAGUGCGGGCGCGCCUUCAUCCAGCUGUCGAACCUGCAGCAGCACCUCCGGAACCACGACGCCCAGGUGGAGCGCGCCAAGAAUAGGCCGUUCCACUGCAACAUCUGCGGCAAGGGCUUUGCCACGGAAAGUUCGCUAAGAACGCACACCUCCAAGGAGGUACAGCUGCGUGUUCCUGUGUUGCAGCAACACGCCGCUCUCAUCGGUGGGCCCAAUGCCACCGCUUGCCCCCUCUGCCACAAAUUGUUCUUAGGGGCCGAAGCUCUCAUGGAUCACAUGAAGCACGCUCAUAAAGACCCGAACGCUACGGGUGUGGCCACUGGUCAUCCGUACAUAGCGAAGCGGAGGACGGCGAACCACCCUUGCCCGGUGUGUGGCAAGCACUACGUCAACGAGGGCAGCCUGCGCAAGCACCUGGCGUGCCACCCGGAGGCCAGCCAGCUCACCAGCACGCUCCGGAUGUGGCCGUGCUCAGUAUGCCAGUCCGUCUUCACGCACGAGUCAGGGCUGCUGACGCACAUGGAGCACAUGCGCAUGGAGCCCAAGCACUCGUUCGCCGCCCAGUACGUGUUGUCGAGGGCGGCCGCGGAGCGACGGGACCGGGACUCCCGCCUGGCGGCGCUGGGCGGUUCGCUCGGCGCCAGCGCCCGCCACGGCGGCGCGGGGGCUGGCGGGCCCCUCGUGCCUCCACCGGGUGCGGGCGCGUCCUCCCUCUGCGCCUCGCCGUCGGCGCACUCGGACUCCUCCUCGGCCGGCGGCCGGUUGUCCAGCGCCGGGUCCGAGUCCGGCGUCCUCGGCCUCAACAACAACAACAAUAACAACAACACGACGAGUGCCAAGCUGGCCGAGCUGAUCGGCAGCCGGAUGAACAACGGCCACCUCCACCAGGGCGCGUUCAGCGCCGACGACCUGCACUCUGCGAGCCGCAUGGCCGCGCUGGCGGGGAUGGACCCCAACGCCGCGGCGCAGAUGCAGGCCGUGCAGCAGGCCGCCGCCAACCUAGCCGCCGCCAUGAACUCCAUGAGGUCCAUGGGGUCGCCGCCGCCGUCCGCGUCCGGGCCGCACCUCAACCACCCCGGCUCCCCGCCGCUGCCUUCGGACGCCGUCGCCCAGGCGCAGCAGCUCGCGAUGAACGCGAUGCGGGCGUCCAUGGCGGACUCGGCCAUGCGCUCCGUGGAGGCGUCCAUGAGGCAGAGCAUGGGCAUGGAGCAGAUUCAGCAGCAGAUCCAGCAGCACCACCAACAGCAACAGCAACACCACCAGCAGCAACAGCAGCAGCAACAACAGCAGCAGCAAGAGGCCGCCGCGUUGCGGAUGCAGCAGGCUGAAGUGUUGCUGCGCAGGUCGCAGGCCGAGGCCGCGCUCAGGCUGGCCUUCAGUCAGACGGCCGCCGCGUCGCAGCAGGAGGGCUCCGGGGGCGCGAACCACGUCCGCGGCCUCCAGAGCCACGGCAGCCACGGCAGCCACGGCAGCCCCGGCAACCUGCUCGCACAGAACCUGAUGGGCUCACCCACCGCCACGGCGGAGCUCACCGAGGCCCUCCGGCUCCAGGAGCAGCGACUAGAGCAAGCCCUCCGGUUGCACGGCGACCCUCGCGCGCUCGGGUUCACCCUCAACAACCCCUGAGGCUGAAGCGUCGAGCGGAAGGGCGCCCCGGCGCCCGAGCCCCACCUUGCCUUGAAACCCUCGUGUAUCCUAGACGUGUGUUGCAGAGUGUGUGUACAGACGACCCCCAGAUCUCUCGCGAAUGUGUAGUUGGUUUUGUUACAUAAUAAGUAAGGAGACGAAAAAGAGGAAACGCCCCUGUUAUUUGAAUUAAAUGAGACUUUGAUGUUUUCAAACUGUUGAUUUGUUAUGGGUUGUCUUCACUCGUUCCAUCCUAAAUGCGAUGUAGUUGUUUAUAGACCUUAAAGUGUGAGGAUGGCAGCAUGGCUGUCGUGUUGUGUGAGCUGUGUAUGGCAGCCACUGUUUGAGAAUUAUUUUUAAAAAAAGCUCAGCACCUCAGACCAAUCAAAACUACGUCCUCUUUGAAAAUGUUUGUUAGUUCAUUUAUGGGGAAUAACUGGUGUAUGCCAUUAGGUUGAUUGUAAACUACAAGAAGACUGCAGGAUAUUUUCUUUAGUUUGGCUGUGAAGAUUUUUUUACGUUUUAUAUGCAAAAAGUGUGAAUUGCUCGAAAGAAUUCGAAAUCACAAAGCCUUGUUUGGGUUUGUUUUGUUCCUAAUACAUAUAUGUAUGCAAUAUUCUGUACUGAUUUAGUUCCUUUUUAUUUGUUUUCUGUUUGUUACAGAGAUUUAAGUGUUGCUUUUUAUUUUCAGGGUUUGUGGGCUAUGUCCAGCAGACCCUAGCAAUAUUGAACUUAGUCAUCAAAAAGCUUGUCUUGUUAACUCAAAAUAACACUAUUCAAAAUGUAUAAGAUUUUUGUUAUAACAAAUAUUUUGUCUAAUUUAAGUUGAUUAUAUUUAUUGUAUCUUUUAACAAAUCUAAGCUGUACAGAGAGAAAUGUUAUUUUGUGGCAGUUGGAUUAUUUAAAUAUUUAAUGACAGAAAAGUGAAAUGCUCAAGUAUGACGUCACUCCUUUUUUGUUCCAGUAAUCCAAACCAUUUCAAAUUGGCACAUAAUCUAAAGAAAAUUAAGUUUGAAUUGUCUAUUUAAAAUCAUAACAUCCUGUAAAGUGAAUGGAUUAUUUUAAUUUUUUUUUUUUUUCAAAUGCAGGUGUGGCAGCUUUGUACCAAUAUGACAAUACUAUGGGCGAUGAUGAGCAGAUGAGUUCCUACAUAGAUUUAGUGGUUCCUCAAUUAAUUUUUGUUAUGACCAAGCCGUUACUACAUUGUUUUUUCUUUUCUCCUUUGCUUGGUUAUGGAAAUUAAUUUGAUCCAUUCAAUAGCCUUUACUUAAUUUUAUGUGUGUAAGGUGUGUGAAUGUGUCCUCAAUAGCUCGGUGUCUCCUCUUGCAUAUAAUCGCACUCCGGUUUGUACAGUACAUCCUCUUCAUUUGUAACCUAGCAGAUUGGUUCCCUUCUUAAUUUUCGCGAGUCUCAAUGCCGACAUAGUCACCGUGUGUCAAUACAUCUCUGAACUGUUUCCUCUGUCCUUUUUAAUUUUAAGUGUUGGUUCUAAUACAUCUCGAACAACAUCCACAUGAUACGUUCAAAGAAUCCCAGUUCCUGUUUUUUCCUAUGUAUUAUAAUUUACAAUAGCCCCAGGUUGAAUCAUGUAUACACAAUAUUUUACUGUAUAAUAUAAUCCCAAUUUUUAUCAUUCUCAAUAGCCCAACAAUGCAUUCAAGUGCAGCCACUUGGCUGCAUCCGGGUGCAACUAGAUUACAAAAUGCAUAGCUCUCCUACUCGAAUUGUUCUAGAUGAAAACCAUGGGCAUGCAUGCAUCGAUAGUUAUAGACUACUUACCACAACUCUUGUGCUUUCUGUAUCAUAUUGAAGUUUGUCCAUUGUUGUACAAUUCACACGUCUUGUGUGUUUGUGUACCGCUCCCCCUGUCUCAAGCCCAACCACAGUGCUUGCGUUGGCCCUGGGCGGCUGGGCUGCUGCGAUUCGAUUCAUUGACACUGCUGGCUCGGAGGCGGAGGUCCACUCUUCCCCUCUCACUCUCGCUUCCAGCGACAUGGAGCCCAGUGAGCCUAGGGGGCCAACGACUCCUCAAGCCUGCCUCCAGCCAACUGCAUCAUGACCAUCCCUUCAAUAGGGAAGACGGCUCAGAUUUUCCAUGUUUUGCAGUCAAUACUGUUUAUUUAAGUUUGAUCCGUUUGUUAAUUGUUCUUGUUUUGUUAAAUUUCAUCAGAUUUGCUGCUUGUUUAUACAAAGUUUGACAUCUUUAUCCCGCAAUGUUGGGAUUCCACUUUUAUUUUAUUUUUAAAUUGGUCAGUCACAUUUCAGGUCUGAAUCUGCCUAUUAGUUCCUGCUUUGAAUUCUGGAUAAAGAAGUGCACAGCUAUGUGUUGGUUCAAUAGAAGCAUGCCCUGAUGUUGCUGUCUCCUAUACUCUUAAGUUUACCUGCUGUUGUCCUCAUCCAGAUGUAUUCAGUAUCAGUAAACCGUAUUCCUUAGCCAUACUAGCACGUCUUAAACAGAAAGGACAUGAAAGAUAGUGUUAUUUUUUAAUUUUUUUAAGACAUAAGUAGCAAUGUCUAGAAACUAAAUAAAUUUUAUUUGCAAAUUCUGGGUUUAAGAUCAUAUCUCAACCGACUUUUAGAGGGGUAGCUUUUUUAAGUUCACAGCCAACUCAAAAGGAAAGAAAAGGUCUCCUUCCUUGAAUUGAACAAAAACACUUUUUUUCACUUCUUUCAUGUUCUUUCAGCGUGCCCCCAAGUAGCACAAGUUUCUUUGUUUAAAUGCAAGACUCCUGUCAGUUUACUUUACAGAUAUAUUUGUGUGUAAUUUAAGCACUACCUAAUUUAGGUGUGUUCCAUGUGUAAAGAAGGAUUCAAUAAUAAUGUACAUUUUGCAUUCCGUUCAUUGUUUUGCCGUAUUUAUACAGUACUGAUUUUUUAUGAUGUUGUCAUUAUUUGUUCCUGAAUAUUCUGUGUUUGUUGUUUUGCUGGUACCAUUACAUUUGCAAUGUUUGUAACGUCAUCACGUUCAUUGAUGUUUUCUGUUUUUUGUAGUGGACCAGUGUCUGCAGCUUUUCAGCUUUUCUACAGUUAGGUUUCUGUUUUUGAGAGUGUGUUCAGCACAACUUCUUUUACUUUCCUAUUUCUUCAAAAGAAAAGUCUAUAUCAAUAGGUAUGAAUGUGUGUAUGUGCCUAUCAAGGUCUUAGAUUAAGACAUGCAUCAACAAUUUUCACAAUCACUGUCUUAAAUUAUCUUAAGUUGCAUUUACUGUUCCCGGUCUGUUGACAUCAAAGUGAAAGUUUGUUCUGUGAUUGUUUCAUAAACUGCACAGAGAUAGUGUUACAUUAAUAUUAGAAGACGGUGGGUAUUGGCUUCUUAGGGAGGACGCAAACUUUACUUUUAUUAUUUCUGUUAAUCGCUCGUCUUUGUACCUGCGUAGCACUUUUUGUGAUGAAUAAGUUAGCUUAAAGAUAGAGCUCUAUGGUGUACUUGUCAAACAAAUUGUAUACGAAGAGACUGUGUUCGCUACUGCCACCAAAGUAAAGAGUGUUUCCUUUGGCUCCUGCGGCACCUCAAAAUCCUUCUAGUCAUCUCAAGCGACCUCCUUGGAAUGCGUCACCCAUCGGCUGCUAAAAGGGCUCUGCAGCCUUUUUAACUUUGUGUUACUUUUGAUGUUUUUAAACCAGCGCUCUUGUUUAGACUGUUAGAGAACGCCAGAAUUGUCCAAAAAUAUGUUGCAGCUUUAAAAGAAUAAUUUUAUUAGGAUGAUUAUUAUAGAAAACAAAAAAGUUAUUUUAAUCCUUUGGAGCCUCUUUAGGUGAUAGUGGCUUUCCUGUACAGGUAUAGCCUCUCUAUUUAUUAAUAGCAUUUUGUGCUAUUCUAUAUGAAAAGAAAUUUCAAAUUAUUGUAAAAAUAUUACAUUUAUAAAUUUGUAAAUUAAUCUCGUGGUUAUAUUAUAAAACAAUAUUGCAAUUUAAUGUACAAAGAUCAUAAUUGAUUGUUUGGUCCCUUGUGUUUGUUAAAUGGAAUUUGGAAGGCUGCACACUGAAUGUCAUUGUAAGUUCUAACCCUGUGCUGUUUGUGUGUGGUGCGUGUGUAGGUCAUUCUUUCAAUGGAACAAAGUUGAAUAGAACAAUGAAAUAUC